AUGGACGUUGUGACCAAUGACCCUGCUCUUGUUCCGAAGAUGAUCGAACUUCUCGCCACGGAGUUGAAGACCAGUGGCCAAGGGCUGCGUGAGUCGCAAACGCAGAUAAAAAAACUCGAAGAGGAAAAUUUACAACUGAAGCGGGAGCUCGACACGCUGCGUCUCCAGGUGCAAGCGAUGCUUGAUAGCCAAGACCAUAAAUCUGAACUGUUGUCCGGUAAUCCCUACGCUACGGUGUGUGCUCAACUGGCUGCCACUCAGGUGGAGUUGGAAGAUAGCCGAAAGGAACAUGCUGAAGCACUUGAUGCAAUGAAGAUCAAACUGAAAGCGACCCGAGAGAAAUAG